AUGACGUGCGCUGUUGAUUCGACUGAAAGUUUGAGAUUAUUCAUUAUGAAAGUGCAUGAGAACGAUGGUGGCAACUACACUUGCGAAGAUUCAUACGGCAACAUCGUCGAGACAUUUCGAGUAAUCGUCUCAACAAACUCAGAAGAAAAAUGGAAUCAUUCGAGCAAACAUGAGAAGAUUAAGCGACUUGAUGCACUGAAACCAUGCGAAUCGGCUAUUAAUCGUUUACGGGUUUGGAAGAAGAACGGAAAAGUGAUUUGUGUUCAGAGAUCAGUUGAGGACGUUUGUGGACUGGGAGAAGUGGCCAGUGAUGAGCCGAUUAAAAAGGAAUCAAAAGAUUUGAUGAGCCAUCUACUACCUCCACUGCUCACCGCACUAAUGGCAUUCUUACUGGUCAUAUUACUUAUAUUCGGCUUUAUGUUUAUACGGAGACGUAACAAAGAGUUGAACGAACUACGUCAACUUCACACUGAAUUGGUUGAACAAUCGUCGCCACCAUCUGCAAAACAUCUAACAGUUACCGUCCCUUCAGUGAAGCCAUUGCACGAGAGAAUCGACGAGUUGCCCUUCAACAUGAACUACGAAGUGCGACUGCAUCGACUCACUAUCAAAAAGGUCAAAUUAACAUUUAUCAACUAUCUGAUUAGACGACUAAUCUCUGAGUAUACCUCCAUCUACUCAUGCAACAGUUUCUGUUCAGAUUCCAGUUCAUCAUUGUAUGCGCUUGAGUUCUGA